UUUGGGGUUUGAAAAGAAACCAACCCGCCCUUUCUUUAGUCAGCUCCUUUUUCAAUCCGCUCCCUGAAUUUUGGUUUAUUUCAUUUGUUACCACAAAUUCUUUGCUUAUACCUCGAAUUGCUCCCUGUGAUAAAUGAAAAUGGCGGGAAGUAAGGGGACAGAGUGAAGCUUGUGCGAGUCAGUUGACUGGAGCUAUGCUGACCGUUGAAGAUGAACAAACCUCGCGCCAUCAUUCAAAGUCUCCAUCUUUACUUCAGACCCUUAUCGUUUCGUGUUUCACACCCUGUUUCGUCCGGAGCCUUGGCCGGUGUCUCCGAAUUCGUGGGGCGCUCUUCUGUUCAUCCCGAUUCAAGAGCACCCAGUGGGAGGUUCCUACUGUCUGAUCGCUUAAAGGACCACAGGUUUGAGGAAGCUCGGAAAUUUCCCGAUGCAGUUGCAUGCCUGGAUGUCCGAUUAUGCACCCGGAUGAUUGCAGGCUAUGCACGAGACGGCCGGCUUGACAAGGCCCUACAACUGUUUGAAAGAAUGCCCGUGAGAGACAUAAUUUCGUGGAAUGUCAUGAUAAAUGCGUGCUUGGACUGUGGGGAGUUAGAGCUUGCUCGGGACCUCUUCGAUGAGAUGCCCGAGAAAACUGUGGUUUCGUGGACGGCAAUGAUAAAUGGCUUCUUUAAGUUCGGGCAAGUUGAUAUGGCUGAGAGGUUCUUUGACCUGUUGCCCAUGAAAGAUCUGGCUGCUCAUAACACAAUGCUUCAUGGGUAUUUCAGUAAUUGCAGAGUCGAGGCUGCGAUGAGGUUCUUCGAGGAGAUGCCUUCACGGAACGUGAUCUCAUGGACUUCAGUGAUUGGAGGACUUGCCCAGAAUGGGAUGAGUGGAGAAGCUUUACUUGCUUUCCAGAAAAUGGCAAAUUUUGGCAUUUUCCCGACUUCGAACACAUUAGCUUGUGUUUUGUCCGUCUGUGGGAAUGCCUCGGCCUUUUUUCUCGGUCUGCAAACUCAUGGCCUUGCUCUCAAAUCAGGAUUUUGCUUCAACACGUUCAUUUCUUCAUCUUUGAUUACAUUCUAUUCGGUCUCUAAGAAGAUGGAUGAAGCCAUUAAGGUUGUCUCAGACAUGGAAUUGAACAAGGACGUAGUCACAUGGACGGCUCUUCUGACUGGCUUCAGCUCAAACAAUAAGCACGAGGAUGCAUUGAAAAUUUUUGUCAACAUGUUAAGAGCAGGCGUCCUUCCUAAUCAAUCUUCCUUCUCAAGUGUGCUAAAUUCAUGCUGUGGUCUGGAGGCACUUGUUCGAGGCAAGGAGGUCCAUGCUCCAGCCAUUAAGCUAAACCUCGGAGAGGACCUUUAUGUCUGCAAUUCUCUCAUCGUCAUGUACUCUAAAUGUGGGUCGACGAGCGAUUCUUUAGCUCUAUUUAAUAGAACCAGCAAGAAGAACUUGGUCACAUGGAAUGCAGCUAUCUCGGGAUGUGCUCAGCAUGGUCAGGGACUCCAAGCGCUGGCACUUUUCACCCAAAUGAUACGUUCUGGUGUAGGGCCCGAUGAGUUCACAUUCACGGCAUUGCUCACUGCUUGUAGCCACUCGGGAUUGCUGCAGAAAGGAAGGCAACUGUUUAAAUAUUUCAGUAGGCAAGAUACCUUUGUUGAACUGAGGCAUGAGCACUACUCGUGCGUGGUAGAUCUACUGGGACGCGGUGGGAAGCUUGACGAAGCAGAGGAAUUCAUAAGAAACAUGCCCUUGAAACCAAACUCCAUAGUGUGGUUAGCGUUGCUUAGUGCCGGGAAAAUGCACUCAAACUUGGAUGUUUCGGAAAGAGCUAUGACUGAGAUUCUCAAGGUGGACCCGCAAUCGUGUGCCGCUUAUGUGUUGAUGUCCAACUUGUAUGCUUCUGCUAAUAAAUGGAGUGAAGUAUCAAGAUUGAGGUUCCUCAUGAAGCGCAACGGAAUUGUGAAACAGGAAGGACGCAGUUGGGUCACAGUAAAGGGGCAAAGGCACGUGUUCCUAUCUGGGGACAAAUCUCACCCUCUGAGGAAGAUUAUAUAUCAGAAAAUUGACUGGUUAAAUAGGAAACUGAAGGAGUUGGGUUAUGUUCCCGAUAAGAGGUUUUCCCUGCAUGAUAUUGAGGACGAACAAAAGGAGGAGUCUUUAUCUUAUCACAGCGAGAGGCUUGCUAUCGCAUUUGGGUUGGUUACUACCGUGGAGUUCAGUACGAUAAUUGUAAUGAAGAACCUCCGGGUUUGUGGGGAUUGCCAUUCUGUGAUUAAGCUCAUAGGACAAAUUGUUGGAAGGGAGAUUGUAGUGAGGGACUCUGCUCGGUUUCACCAUUUCAAAGAUGGAGCUUGCUCUUGCGGUGAUUACUGGUAGCAGCCAAAAUGGGACGUAUCACUUUCACUUUAGCAAACAUACUUUAUGGCAAAGCUCAGCAAAGAACCAGAGACGGGCUUUUCUUGGAUUCAUUAUUGACCGCCAUCAGAAUUCCUUUUGGAGCCCCAUCCCAUUACGUUAAAGCAUUCUUUAUGUGAAGCUCGAAGAAGCUUUCCACAGAAGGAAGGCUCACCAAUGGCUGAGAAAGAAAAGGCUGAUAAGAUUAUUGAAAUCCAAAACAAGUUCCAGGAACUGAACCAUUACAUUCAAUAUGUUGACCUGAUGAUAGACUUACUGAUGGAGGACACGGGGGCCAGAAAAAACGAACUAGUUGGAGAAAUAAAAAUGCUGAAGCAGGUUCAAGAAUACAUCAAGAAAGUUUAUGGAGAGUGGGUGGCAAAUAUGUUUCAUGGAGGUGACCUGGGCAGUCUUAUGGGGUCCUUGAGUUGGGAAGCCAAGGUUGAGGCAUCUAAACAAAUUCUUGAAAGGCUGGAGGGCGAAGAAGACGGCAUCAUCAAAGCAGUGAAUGAGGUAUUUUGUGAAUUUGAAACCCGAGACAGUUUCAACAUAGAAGAAGAGAAGAAAGACCGGGAAUUUGGAACCACAUUGUUCUGCUUCCAGCCCUCAGGAGUUGAAGGGCAUUACAGAGAAGAACAUCUUCGGGGCCAGCAAAUAUAUGAAGACAAUCAAGGACUUUUUGAUCCCUAUUCUAAAUAUGGCACUAAUGCCGGCGUCUUUGAAGGUGUUCAUGUUAAAAAGCUGCUGCGAGAGAGUUCGGAGUUGAUUAAAGAGAGAAAUUGGAUUUUGGACGGCGGUCCUGUCCUGCUCCUUCAGAAGCUCAACAAUUGUAUGAAGGAUGAAGAAGAUGGGCCUGGUCGAGAGGUGGCUGAGUCUCUAGUGGUUCGAGGACACGACAUUGAGGAUUGGCUCUGCUACAUGCUAGUGUUUCUUGUGCUGUUUGUCAUGAAGAAUGAAAGCCACAGGGAAGCAUUUCAGGAGUUCCAGUGUCAGCUUAAAGCUAGAUCGAACAAGAGAACGGAGUUGAUCAACAAGUUUACAAACCUGCUGGAAGGGGCAAAUUUCAAACUCAGAGAAAUGAAGAAUCUGAGAAAGAUGACUGCUAACAUUCUGGAAAAAUAUUGCUCAAGGAGAAUUGAAGAGACAGAAGUCAUAACGUUCCUCGAGAUUCUUCUUGACGAGAUAGAGCACUUGGAUUUCAUUCUUCAAGAAGUCCCAUCUCUGAGAUUAGACGUGCCCUUCGGUGAUGAACUUUCUGAGUCCGAGGAUGUGAUUUUACGAUGUGAAGAGACACUGAAUAAUAUUAGGACACAGAUGAGUUUUAUUUAUGGCACCAGUUAUGGUGAGUGGGAAUUCGAAGUUUCUUUGUUAAUAGACGCUGUAUCUUUUCCUUUCAUCGUCUAGUAUACGAGAAAUUUCAUGUUGUAGGUGAAAUAUUCUCUUUGGUUACUCUUCGUUUUCAUUGCCUUUGA